CUGACUUCUUACUUCAACUGGGAUAGUAGUUUUCAAGCUGACAUGAACCUAGAAGCGAGUAUCUUCCAUGAAGCAACACCAGAAGAAGAACAAGUACCUGUCGCACCAGAUUAUAACUACAAUAACCACCAUCUUCUCCUUCCUUCUCAUUAUUGUCACUCACUCAAACCAUACAGUAACUUUGUUUACCCUCAUGAACUUCUUCCCUAUGAUCCCUUCAUGUACGAGAAUAACGAUCGGUAUGAAAGCCUGCUUCCAUGUCCAAAACGACAGAAGUACUUGUCGUAUGAUCAGAGUUUGAUGAUGAUGGACUUGAUUGCACCAACAACGGAUCAUGGUUUCAUGGAUGGGAACAAUAUUGUUGUGCCGAGUGUUCCAGAGUUCUAUUAUGAUGAGGUUGCGGUGGUGGGUAAUAAUGCAGAGAGUUUGGCGGUGGCGGAAGGAGGAGGGAGGAAGAAGAAUGAGAAGAUGACGGUGUCUGCGCAGAGCGUGGCGGCGAGGGAGAGGAGGAGAAGGAUAACGGAGAAGACACAAGAGCUAGGAAGGCUGGUCCCUGGUGGCUCCAAGAUGAACACAGCUGAGAUGCUUCAGGCUGCUGCUAAGUAUGUCAAUUACUUGAAUGCUCAAGUUGGGAUGCUUCAACUCAUCAACACACUUCAGGAAGACAAGGUAUUCAGUGGGAGUGAAGAAAUGCGGAAGCUGAUUGGCUCUACAGUAGUAGAAGAGAAGAUGUACAUGGAAGAGAAGUGCUUUGUUCCAAAAGAGUUCAUCAUGGCCUUGAAAAAUCAUAAAGACAUUCAAUCAACACCUUCUAUCCUUAACGAUCUUAAUCAAUUCAUUCCGACAGGCAUUAAGAAAGAACAGUGA